UGACUGUCUCACCCGGAGCUACAUCACAAACGGAAAACACACACGCACAAUUCCGGUGCAAACAGAAAUUUCACAUCCAACCCAAUUCACACUAUUGCAUCCAAUUUUCCUCUCUGUCCCACACGCUCACGCGCAUUUCUCACGAUAAACACACAUUGCACACCUUCCGCCUCCGCCACCGCCGCCGCCACCACACCCCCAAAUUAUUGGAGAAUGUGUUGCUCUUACACACCCCCGUGAACUCCUCCAUCAUAACUCAUCAAAUUCAUACAGACUUCACGCCACCGUUCGAAUUCUUCUCAUUCUCAUCUUGCGGGAAUCUAGGGUUCCCCCAUCCCAAUCUCGAAUUUCAGCUCUUCACAUUCACACCAGGAAAUGAAGAGGACCGCAUACUACAAUGAUGUGCCUCAACAAGUGCAUGAUCCGUGGCCUAUCAAGAAAGCACUAACAUUCUCUGAUGUUGAUACCACUCAUCCUUUCCUGACAUUGUCCCGACAACAAGUUGAAUCCAAUAUUUUGAUGUACAUGACACCUCAACAGCAGGAAAGUCUGAGAGCUGAAAGUCAAGUGGGUUUUAAUGCUCAGGAUGAUGAUACUGGUGAAAUGUCAGUAAUGAAAUUAAAGUGGCGUGGGAGUUAUUAUAAUCUUAUUGGAAAAUGGGGAAAAGUUGUUCGUGGAAAGGGACUUGAAGUUGGGCAGGAAAUUAAGCUACGAUGGUUUAAUGGAUGCUUACAUUACUCAGUUCCGCAACAGCAAAUUGUUGCGGUACCACCAAUCAGAAUGGUUGCAGCUCCUCUAGUGCAGGACCACUGGCCUAUUAGAAAGGUACUCACAUCAUCAGAUGUGGACCCUCAUCAUCCUUUUCUUCCAUUGCCUCGUAAAUCUGUUGAAGAGCAUAUUCUUGUGCACUGGAGACCCCAGGAAAGGGAAAGAUUGAGAAAGGAUGAACAAGUAUCUAUAAAUGCUCGAGAUUAUGAUACGGGCGAGGCUCAUGGGAUGAAGUUGAAGUGGCGAGGUAAUUAUUAUCAUCUCCUUGGGAAAUGGGCUAAUAUAAUUAGGCAUAAAGGACUUGGUGUUGGAAAAGAAAUCAGACUACGGUGGGCAAAUAAUUGCUUGUUUUUCUCUGUUCCAGAAGAACAUAUUGUUGCUGCACCAUCUGGGCAUGAUGAUUGGCCUAUCAAGAAAACUCUCACAUUGUCGGAUGUGGAUACAAAUCAUCCAUUCCUUACUUUACCUGGCAAAGCUGUCGAGGAUCACAUUCUUUUCUACUGGACUCACCAAGCUCAAGACCAGUUGAGGAAUGAACACCAAGUUGGUGUCAAUGCUCGAGAUGAUGAUACUGGCGAUUUGUAUGUGAUGAAGUUAAAAUGGCGUGGAAGUUAUUACAAUCUGAUUGGUAAAUGGGGCAAAAUAAUCAGAGAGAAGAGGCUCGAUGUAGGGAGAGAGAUCAGGGUACGCUGGGAUAAUGGAUCCUUGGUUUUCUCAGUUCCUCAAUGACAGAGUUCUUUCCAUGUAGAUCUAAGUUGAAACUGUAACCCAUCUAGCGAUUCUCUCUAUAUAGUAUAUCAAUGGAGUGCAAUUUUUGGAGUGCC